UAUCUUUAUCUGCAUAACAAAUCAUGAUCUUGGUUACUAAUCUGCAGAACUUAAACAGCAGGAGGAGCAGCUUCUAUGUCUUCUUUCUCUCCCACCUUAUCCUUAUCAUUCUCCUAUUACUUCCUAUUCCCCAUAAUGGCUGCUCGCCAUCAGAGAGGGACUCUCUACUACAAUUUCAAUCAAAACUUACCUUUAGCUUCAAUAACAGUAGUCUCAGCUCUUGGGUUACAAGUAAAGACUGUUGUGAAUGGGAAGGAAUCUCAUGUGAUCAAAACGGAUUGGUUACUGAAGUUUCUUUACCACUCGAAGGCCUUGGAGGAAGCCUCUCCAGUUCUCUUGCAGGUUUGCCUCAUCUCACUAAGCUAAAUGUCUCGUAUAAUCGGCUCACAGGCAACCUGCCUACUGAAAUUCUGUCAUCACCAAGCCUCAUCAUCUUGGAUGUCAGCUUCAACCGUCUCUCCGGUCAAUUAUCAAUAUCACCUAUGGGAAACAAAUUCUCCUUGCAGGUUUUUAACCUGUCAAGCAACUCUUUCACUGGCCCUUUCCCUUCUCUGGGAAGUCUUGCUGAAUCUCUUGCUGCAGUAAACGUUAGCAAUAACAACUUUUAUGGCUUAUUUCCAUCCUAUAUCUGUAGUCUAUCUCCUGUUCUCAGAUCAAUGGACUUGUCUCACAACCAAUUCAGUCUUGAGAUUCCCACAGGAUUAGGCAGUUGUUUGCUGCUGACAGAACUUCAAGCAGGCAACAAUAAUCUUUCAGGGCCAAUUCCGCAGGAUUUGUUCGAUAUGACCUCUAUGCAACGCCUUUCGUUACCUUUCAACCAACUCUCGGGGAAUAUUGAUGGCAAACUUAUUACCAAACUCGUAAAUCUGGAAUUCUUUGACCUUAGCUGUAAUCAGCUAAGUGGAAAGCUUCCAGCCUCAAUCAGUCAGAUGACAUCUUUGGAGCAGAUUGUCUUAUAUGGGAAUCAACUAAGCGGAGCGCUGCCUCCAGAAUUAGCCAGCUGCACCAACCUCAAGAUUCUGAAUCUCAGGUUUAACAAUCUCAGUGGUGAAUUGGCUGCAGUUAACUUUUCUGGUCUCUCCAAUCUUAACAUGCUUGAUUUAGGGAAUAAUGAGUUCACAGGAGAUAUACCAACAAGCUUGUUCUCAUUGAAAUCUCUUAAAGCACUACGUCUGGCUAAGAAUUCGCUGAGAGGAGAGAUAGAUCCAGCAAUGGUGAAUAUGCAAGCCCUAACCUACCUUUCACUUUCUGGUGAUGGGCUCAGAAACAUCACAACUGCGCUCCAGAUACUUAAAGAUUGCAAGAACCUUACAGCCAUAAUCCUCUCAAAGAACUUCGUUAGAGAAGCCAUACCUACAAAUACAGAAUGGGCGGGCAGGUACUUUCAGAAUCUUCAAGUCCUGGGUCUGGGUGGCUGCCAGCUGACUGGCCAAGUUCCUCUCUGGUUAUCCAACCUCAGCAACCUCUUGGCGCUGGAUUUAUCAGGAAAUCAGCUCACAGGUCCAGUUCCCGCCUGGUUGGGCUCCUUGCCUUACCUCUUCUAUCUAGAUCUAUCAGGGAACCUUCUCUCUGGAGAGAUCCCACCAGAACUUACAGGACUUCAUGCAUUGACGAUGGAUCAAUUUGAAUCCCGAAUAAAUCAAGGUAUUCUACAGUUUCCAGUCUUUAUCAAACCUGCUAAUGGAUCAGGUUUGCAGUACAAUCAGUUGGCAGAGCUUCCGCCAGCAAUAUAUCUUCAAAACAAUACUCUCCACGGCUUGAUACUCCCACAAAUUGGUCAGCUGAAAAAUCUUCAUGUGCUUGACCUUAGCCACAACAAUUUCUCCGGAAACAUCCCAGUGGAAAUUUGCAACCUCACCAACUUAGAAAAACUGGACCUCUCCACAAACCAACUCAAUGGAGAGAUUCCUUCCAAGCUGAACAGCCUACACUUCCUGGCGUCAUUCAAUGUGUCCAACAAUAAUUUAGAGGGGCCAAUACCAUCUGGCGGUCAGUUUGAUUUAUUUCCACUCUCCAGCUAUGAAGGAAAUCCUAGACUGUGUGGAGCAAUUCUCCUCAAUCAUUGCUCCAACCAUUCAGGAAAUGAUGAUUCUCCAACAAAACAUAUGAGCAAAAAACUCCUCAUUGGUAUGACAUUUGCCAUCUGUUUUGGUGGGGCUUUCAUCCUAAUCAUGUCUGCUUUCACCAUACUGUACAUAAUAAAUGCACAGAAAAGAAAGUAUGCUCGUACUAAUAAGGUAAAAUUUAUUGCAACAUCUGUAAGCUCAUUAUCCAGCCUUCCAUCUGAUGACUCCGUCUUGGUCAUGAUGCCAAAUCCAGUAGACUCAGCCAAGAACAACCUUUCUAUGUCUGACAUCUUGAAGGCUACAAAUAAUUUCGACCAGGAAAACAUAAUUGGUUCAGGGGGAUUUGGGAUGGUUUACAAGGCCACAGUGGCAGAUGGCUCCAAGCUCGCAAUCAAGAAAUUGUCCAGUGACAUGUGCCUCAUGGAAAGGGAAUUCAGAGCAGAGGUAGACGCUCUUUCCAGGGCCCAACACAAAAACCUGGUGUCCCUGCAAGGUUACUGUAUGCAUGGAAGCUCAUGGCUACUUAUCUAUUCAUACAUGGAGAAUGGCAGCUUAGAUUACUGGCUACAUGAGAUGGUAAAUGGCACUUUAAUGCUAGAUUGGCCUACAAGGCUAAAAAUUGCACAGGGAACAAGCCAAGGCCUGCGCUACAUCCAUGAGAUCUGCCAACCACAUAUUGUUCAUAGAGAUAUCAAGUCCAGUAAUAUUCUUCUUGAUGAACACUUUGAGGCACAUGUUGCAGAUUUUGGCUUAUCACGCUUGAUCCUUCCAUACAACACACAUGUGACGACCGAGCUAGUUGGUACCUUAGGCUACAUUCCCCCAGAGUAUGGACAAACAUGGGUUGCCACGUUGAGAGGGGACAUCUACAGCUUCGGUGUUGUGCUUUUAGAGCUUCUCACUGGAAGGCGUCCAGUUGAGCUUUUCAAGCCCAAGGAGUUUGCAGAACUUGUGGUUUGGGUGAGAAAAAUGAGAUCUCAAGGGAAGCAGGAUCAGGUUUUUGAUCUCCAGCUAAAAGGAAAGGGGUUUGAUAAGCAAAUGCUGAAGGUUUUGGAUAUAGCUUGCAUGUGUGUUAAUGAAAAUCCACUCAAGAGGCCCACUAUCAGUGGAGUAGUAGCCUGGUUAGAAAAUGUAGGAGCUGACUUGCAAACAAAGUAAUGGUUUAGUUCCUGUAAGUUAUACUGCAAACUGAAAUCCACAGUAAUUUUAGAAGAUGUCACAUUAGCAUAAAAAUUAUGGAGUGUAUAUAUCAAAAA